AUGUUCAAGUGGGCGCAGCAGCAGCUGGCCAACGUCGCCGGCACACAGGAGCCUAUCUACGGCCCGUCCGCCAUCAAGUCGGUCGCCGAGGAGGCUGAGACAACACCCUACUCGGAGCUCACUCGGGAUGAUCUGAAAUGGCAGGCGCCGGAGUCGACCUGCGUCGAGACGCACACCUUUUAUUUCAUGCCCGACGGUGGUCAGCUUGCCUUUGUCCAGGUCAUCUAUAGUAACGUGGCCGGCAUCCGCACGACCUGCCAGUUCAACUGCAAGAUCUUUAACCUGGACCGCUCAGAACCCCACCUGUGGUGCUCGACCCCGCUACAAAACCACGAAUUCAGCGAGGAUUAUACAGGCUUCUAUGCGAACGACUGCGCGGUCGAGCUCUCGGAGGAUGGCACGACUUACACGAUCAAGUCGAUGAACGAUGAACGGGCGAUUGUCAACCUGACUGUCAAACGGACAGCCCCGGGAUUCCAGGCCGGCAAAACAGGCAAGACGCUCUUCGGCACCGACCUGUCCAACCCCUGGGGCUCCAUGCGGCAUGUCUUCUGGCCAAGGUGCGUUGCCGAGGGAACCGUCACCACCAAAGAAGGCCCCAUCGACUUCAAGGGCAAGGCCUUCUUUGUCCACGCGCUGCAAGGGAUGAAGCCCCAUCACGCCGCGGCCAGGUGGAACUUCUGCAAUUUUCAGGGCCCGACAUACUCGGCCAUCCUGAUGCAGUUCACUACACCGCCCUCAUAUGGUUCGACCGUGGUGAACGUCGGCGGAAUCGCCAAGGACGGCGAGAUCAUCAUGGCGGGCUGCAAGAACGACGUGGUCCACCUUGAAACGAAAAAGGACAGCGAAAACGACUGGCCGGAGCCGACGACCAUUAAGUUCUCAUGGGCAGGAGCUACCAAGGACGGGAAGCCGGUGGAGGCUGUGGUCGAGGGCGGCCUCGAGGAGAGACUCGAUAGGAUAGACGUCAUGGCCGAAGUUCCCGGCUUUGUCAAGAACAUUGUGGCCGCCGCAGCCGGUACAAAGCCGUAUAUCUACCAGUACUCCCCGCAAAAGACAAAGUUGUCGCUGAAGCUCAAAAUUGGCGAUGAGGAGGUUACCGAAGAGGGCUUUGUCUUCAGCGAAGCGACCUUCAUCUCGGAAUGA